ACGACAGCUGCUGCGCAUGCAAGGGGCAGAUGCUGGAGCCUAUGACGCCAGAUGUUGAUAUGCUUGGGACGUCUGUAAACCUUCUCUAAACAUCAACAAGCCUUGAUCGUCCUUUGUCUCUGCCUAUUCUUGGCCAACAACCGUUGCACCCGUUUCUGUUACUAGCUCCCGUCGAAUGACUCACUAGUACGGACAUAAUAUCCGGAAUCAUCAACAUUGUGCCUUAUAUCAAGGCAGCUACGACCUCCCGACCCUGGCGGUCAACUUCGCCACUCUACGCGCUCGGCGCGUCGCGAGAUCAUCUAUACUCCAAAAUCCAAUAGUAAAUAAUUGACUUGCCCAUGGACGGAACAUCAUCUCUUGACACGACACAGUACUCUUGCCUGUCUGGUUGAGACUCGGAAAACGACCCUCUCAGCCACAGCCUCGAGGCUUCACCAAUAUUAUUAGGCACGAUGCCUGCACAACGUCAACAAGACCUACCCGUCGAGAGUUCUUGGCGCUUGGUGGAAGGCGGCGAAAACGACAGCUUCGACACGUCCAUUCUCAACGAUCUGGAGGAGGAUGAUAGCUUCCUGACGGAGCCGUCGCAAAUGCCGUCACAGUCAUUCAGCAUCGGCGGUUCUCAAGAGUCGCACCACAGCGUUCAAGAUUUCAUGAACAAAGCGGACGAUGAGCGAGUCAUCCUUCGCUCGCCAUUUCAGCCCACCGUACGACGAGACCCAAACCGCUCUCCCGAACCGGAGUUUAUCAUGCCAUCCAUGCGCUUCAGUUCUACUUCGGGGACGGGAACCAGCCCCCAACACAGUAGCGGUCACUCCUCGCGGACCGUUCGCCCCAGCGACGUCUCUUAUCAGCAGCAGGACGUGCGGCGUCGUGCGAUACGCCAAGCCAGCAAUGGAAGUCCUACAUCUGCCAGACGUGGCGACCCCAGAAGAGUGAGGGGUUACUACGAUGAACCGGCUGAGCCCAAGACCGUUGCGGAGCGCCUGUCAGAGUCUCUUCCAAGUGCAGCCUUCAACAUCCUAGCAUGGAUAUUCAACGUCAUUGGCAUGGCCCUUGGCUAUAUCCAAAAGCCGCUGGCGCUAUGUCUGGCAGUCUGGCUCUUCUUUGGCGCCUCCAUAAUGCUUCAAAAUAUGGUCACCAAGUCAAUCACAACAUCGCUCUCGCCGCUCUGCCGCAUCCCGGGCGCGGCAUACUUAGACCUCCCGUUUUGCCCCUCGUUCACUACUUCACCAGGCGGAGGCAAAGAGUCAGGGUCUGAGUCUGCCAACGUUGAGUUUGACGACCUCAUGAACGUUCAGUCACAAUUCGAGCAAGUCCUCGAACGCAGUGCCGAUGGCGUAUCCCUACCAAUGGAGAUGAAGCGUUCCGAGUCUUCGAUACGCGAUCUACGCACCAUGGUUCGGUACUCGGAAUUGCCACAGAGAGACGAGCUGGUGUACGAGUUCAACGAGUACAUCGAUACCGCCCGCUUGACGGCCUCUGACUUGCAAAAGUUCAACGUUCAUGUGGGAUCCGCCGUCGACUCCGUUAUCUCGAUCAAUCGUUGGACAUCUCGCUAUCUCGAUACCCUCUCUGCAUCAGAGACGACAGAGGUAGGACUGGUUUCCCAGUGGUCCAGCUGGCUCUUCUACCCCUUUACUCCCACAGUGACACCCUUCUCCGAACGGACCCUUCUCGACAAAUACAUCGAGCACACCGCCCUCGUCUCUGACCGGAUCUCCUCUCUCAUAGUAGAAGCGCAAGGAGUUCUGCUUCUACUCACAAAGGCGGAGGAGAACCUGAACCAAAUUUACGAAAUCGUCACUCGCUCGUCGAAUUCGGUAAAAUCCCGUCGAGACGAGGUGCUCUGGACGUUGUGGACUCUUGUCGGUGCGAAUAACAAACGCCUGCAUAACCUCAACGCCCAGCUCUCCCUCCUGCGCCAGGUGGAUAGGCAGCGCGUCACGGCUGUUGCGCAGAUAUCGGCUCUUAUUGUGGACCUUGAAAAGAUCCAGGCCGGGCUGGGUGACCUCCGCGACCGCGUUGCCGCUCCCGAACUCGUGCGUGAUUCGGCCAUAGCAAUCCCGUUGACAGUCCACAUUGAGACUAUCGAUCGUGGAGUCGAACGACUUGAGGAUGCUCGUCAGCGGAUCCGCGCCGCCGAAAACGACCGUAUCCGCGAAGCGCUGGCCAGAGGAGGCACAAAGGAAGACGACAAGCUCAUUGAGGGACGUUCAUAAUGAGAGAGGGCAGAGAAUGUAGGAAGGAAUACGGCAACACAUGGAAUUGCCAAGACAUGACGAGUGGAUGAAAGUUAAGAUUUCGGGUGUUUAUAAUGCAUAACUGAAAGUGCUUGAGACGAUCAGUUGGCCCGGCUUGGCGAAACAAAUGAGAUGAAAGCUGGCAUAUACCAUGAUUCGGAUGAAACGACAAUAGCGAAAAUACCACGU